UUCAAAUCCUCAACCUUCCACUGCGUUCAAUCGUCUGUCAAAAAGGGAGUCUUCUAAGCCCCGGAAACGCAUGUCUCUCUCUCUCUCCCCCCGCUUCACCACACAGCAAGAACUCGAAAAUUCCAACUGAAAUCUCUGGUUUUACUUUAUCUACUGUAGUUGAUGCUGAGCUUUGGGUCUUGAGAAUUCUUCUGUUGGCGAUUGAGAAUUGGUUGAUAGACUGAUAGAUACAAUGCGGUUAUUUCCGUUGAGCUCGAGUUCCUCCCAGGGAGGAAGUAAUCGUGCUCAAUUGUAUCUCAAUGUCUAUGAUCUCACCCCCAUAAACGACUACCUCUAUUGGUUUGGCUUUGGAAUCUUCCAUUCAGGAAUAGAAGUGCAUGGUUCCGAGUAUGGAUUUGGAGCACAUGAGUAUUCCACCAGUGGGGUAUUUGAGGUGGAACCAAGAAGUUGCCCUGGUUUUGUUUUCAGAAGGUCAGUCCCUUUAGGCAGCACAGACAUGUCUCCCUCAGAAUUUCGGUCAUUCAUGGAGCAUCUUUCUACAAGAUAUCAUGGGGACAGCUACCAUUUGAUUGCCAAGAAUUGCAACCAUUUUACAGAUGAUGUUUGCAUGCGUCUUACUGGAAAGCGUAUUCCUGGAUGGGUGAAUAGGUUGGCUCAAUUAGUUUCAGGCUCUUUCUGCAACUGUCUACUGCCAGGAAAUAUUCAGGUCUCAGCAGUCAGACAUCUGCCUGAUCAUCCAGCUUAUUCUGAUGGGGGGACAGAUUCAGCUGCGUCAUCUGAGAGUGAAGAGGGGGAGCUGGAUGAUCAUCUAUUAACUAUGACGAAUGGCGAUGUGGCUUUUGUGAAGGAGAAGACAGUAAUGAGGCUGACAAAAGAUGUCCUUUGAUAUUUUAUUUAUUCUUUUCCCUCCUAUCAUUAAUUCCCUUUCUCGGGUUGCUGUUGUAUGUAGCGUAUAAUCUCUCAACUAUCUCACUAAAUAUGCUCGUCUCUAUUAGAUUCUUAAAAUAUAUGUUUAUCUAUGUUAUAUAUGUGUCCCUUGUACCUGUUGGUUGUCUGUUUUAUUCUGAUUGAAGCUGGCUUUCCUUUUUGCACUGUUGUCCAAAGACAGUAUCGAAUUCCCUGUUUUUGCAAUUGUAAAAAUGUUGCUUCUAAAUUAAGUGGAAAUCUCCCCCUCAUGCUAUUCAUCU